CUGGUGGUGAGGGCAGGACAGGACCAGCCAGGUCGCAGUCGAGCACUAGCCCCCCACCGAAGCGCAUCCUCCAGCACUGGGCGGGUGCAGCAAAGCUGAGCGGUUGCAAGCGGCCAGCACCACAACGCCCACCCACCGAAUCAACGGGCGCAGUGCGCAGGUGCAGGUGCGUCGAGGCCAGAGCAGGCCAGUCAGGGAUCUCGCAACUAUAGUCCAAGUGCUAGCUGCUGGGGCAAAUAAGGCAAGGGCGGCGUCCAGGGCCAUCGAACGCUAGGGCAGGUGAUUCAGGAGUGGAAAAUAUUGACACAUCCUUUUGGACAAUGGCGCCUAGCACAGGAAAACCUGUAAAGCUGCUGGUAGCCAACAAGAAAGUGAUGGAAACUGAGAAAACAUGGAAUAAAUUGGAGUAUCCGGUAUUCAGAGGAACUGAUGGUGUUUAUUUUAUAGACGAUGAGGAUGUGUAUGAUGAAGUUCUUCACAGCAUGGCUGCCAUCUGCAAGAAGCCUGUUACACGCAUAUACUACAUUGAUAGUGACAACGAUGAGGUUCCCAUUGAUGGCGAUGUCGAGUUUAAGGAGGCUUUGAAAUUUAUUGGAGAGCGCACAGAUAAAGGUAAAUUCACAACCAUGAAGAUUGAAACUGAAAAUGGUCUUAAGAAUGGUAAAAAAAAGGUCAAGAAAAACAAAGCUAAAGUGACACCCAAAGUUUCUGAGAAUGGUUUUACAAAGAAACCUAUGAAAGGGAUGCCAAAGAGAGUGAAAGCAGAUGCCCCACCCAAUAUUGAACCCUUGUCAGAUGAAGCCUUUGCAAGUGCCUCAAAGUCUGAAAUAUCUAAAGCGUGGUUGGAAAAACAUUUGAAGGAGCUUAAAACCGAGAUUAUGACUGAUCUUGAGACUCUUUUGGAACCAUAUAUUGCAGAACAAAAAAAAAUGAAUAGUAUGAUUGCCUCUCUGCAAGCAGCGCAGAUAGAAAAAACAUCUUCAGUGCUUACCAAUUUAAAACAGCAAACUGAAUCGGAUCACAAUUACUCAGCUUCAAGUAACUCCAGUAUAGUAAAGAGUGCCAUGACACUAAAGAAAGAUUCCGCAGACACAAUACCUAAGCCGGAAGAUGACAUUCCUCUCUCUGAUGACGAACAAGGGAAUGAUUGUGAUGGGAAUGAGUGUCAGUGUGCAGACUGCACGUGCCCCAUUGAGGAUGAUGAAAAUAUGAGCAUAUACUCUGGUGAAAUCAGUGUGACCGAAAGUGAAUCUGAACCUGAUCAGAUACGUGAGGAUUUUAUUGAUGUUCCUCUACCCUCAUGCUUCAAUGUCAUUGCCCCAGGUGGCUUUCUAUGUAAGCCAGACCAAAAGAACAGAAAUGAAAUGGUUGCCAAACCAGAGACUAGUAAAAAUCGAGAUGGUUCAAGACAUCCAAAGGAGAAUUUUGGAAACAAGAAAAAUUCUUCUUUCCAAGAAUGUUCUAAGAAAAUCAGUGCAAAACAGGUCAACAAAUUACCUAAAGAGCAGACAACUUUAGCAAAUUUCUCAGGAUCUGGAAAGAAGGCUAACAUUAGUCAGAAUCAGCAUGACGAAAAAACGAUUGAUAUUCAGUCUGCUGGAAAUGAUAUGUGUAAAGAUGUUGACGAUAGUUAUGUUGACAAUGCUGACGAAGCUGGUCAAGAUUUUGAUGACUAUGAUGAUGACGAUGAUUAUGAUGAAUAUGAUGAUGAAUAUGAUGAAGAAAACGAUGACAAAAAUAAUAUGAUAUCUUCCUCAGCAGCUUCAUACCAAUUGCAGUUAAAUCAACCCACAGGGCAAUUGUCAGAAAGUGCUCAGAGGCAAGAAUUUGUUCAAGCAACUGACACAUACCAGCAAGUACAAAAAUAUGCAUCUUCACAGGAGGACACAUCUGCUGCUUCACAGUAUACUUCUCAAUACAGUACAUUGCCAGUGGCUUAUGGAGCCUCCUGGCCAAAGAAGCCUCAUUUUCCAGCUCAAACUCGUCAAGGUCUUGUGAAUUCGAAGCAGUCCGUACAGCUUAGUGUCCCAGCACAGAACUCUUUCAGACAGGAGAGUCAACAAAUUCAAAAAUUACAGCAACCUUACCAGCAGCACCACCAACAACAAAUGACAAACUCGCAGCCACUUGUACCCAAAAGUUCUCCAACAGCAGCAACUAUUAUUGCCCAGCACCAGCAGAUUGUGCAGGCUGCCCAGCGAGCUGCUUAUCAAGCCCAGCAAACCCAGGCGCUCUGCUUUGCCUCAACCUCUCAAACUCAACAGGAAGUUUCUGUCAACCAAACUUCGGCACAAGGAGGAAAACCUGCCCUUCAAGACACUCGACCUCUUGCUUUCCAAGAUGAUAAUGUGAGUUUUGGAAGUCAGGCUUCGCGUAGUAAUACAUCUCAAGCAGAAAAUCCCAUUUCCCGCAAUCUCCCAAGCAAGACAAGAGCAAUGCCUCGUUUUAUGCAAGAGGCAGCCCAUGAGCUAAAAUUAUGGAACGAGGUUGACCAAGUUGACCUAGAACUGCGCAAGUGGGUAAAAAUGUGUCAGUAUUUAAUGGAACGCCCACCAAAAAUAAUAGAAGAUGGUGAAAAAUCAAAGAAGUUUUCUCCAGCUGCUGCUGCAAAAACCUAUCAAGACCUAGAAAGAGUUUAUCAAAAGUUUCGUAAGGAAGUUCAACUGGUAUCAACACAAAUUGAUGCACAAAAACAACAGAAGCAGCAACUACAGGCUUCAGGACAAAAAUUAUCUGAAGAUCCGAUUGCCAUACUGCCAGAGAAACUAAUGCAAAUUAUAUCUUCAACAUUAAAUACAACGUUCAAUCUUCUUGGUCACAUUUCCAAGCUUGGUGUUAUGAAUCCUCCGAGUUCCGAAACACCUGACGAGAAUGCAGGAACACCAGUGUCCACCUCUAGAUCUUCAACCUCUUUGUCAUCUGCUAAACCUCAACAACAAAUAUCAGCAGCUAUCUCACCGCUGAUUUCAGGAAUGGGUAAUGUGCGGGUAGGGUAUACAGGUCAGCCCAUUCCCUAUACUUACUAUUACCCUGUGCAAACUUUGGCAACUGAUUCAUCAGCCACACCAUCCUCUAGCAUCCAAACAGACACUGUAGGAAAUCAAGAUUCAAGUUUUGCUUACCGCACUCGCACAAUGGGUAUUUAUCCUCCUUCAUGGGGACAGAGUGCGUCCUCUUUUACCACAACACCAGCUUUAAGCCAGGUUCAAACUGCAAUGCAGGUGACCUCUCACAACCAGCUACAACAGCAACAGCCACAAGCGCUGAUGCAAACACAAUUUCAACUAACACAGCCUCAGAUACGCCAGCUGCAGCAGCAAGUACAACCCCAGCUUCAACAGCAAAUGCAAGUACAACAAUUGCAGCAGCAGAUUCAGCCUUUAACUCCAAUGCAGCCGAUGAUGCAGCAGCCACCACAUCUACAGCAAAUUGCGCGAGAAGAUGGAAGUCGUCUUGACUCCUCCUACACCCUGCAAAUGCACGAUCCUUCUAUGGCUCAUGAUACUCAUAACACAACUAUUUCCAUAUUAUACCCUAAUUUGAAACCAAAUAGUUCUGGGUUUUGCACAAAAUCAUAUGGUCCUGCACUCAACAGAAACUAAGAGAUUGGAAUGAUGUUCAUUUAAUAUUUGCUGAAAUCAAUCUCAUAAUCAAGUUCAAUAUAACUAAAGAAAUGACAUGUCAAAAAUGAAAUCUAUUUACCAAACUUUCUGAAUGUACUUUACAUGCAUAACUUUGCAUUUUCAAAGUAGAUGUGUGUGUGUCUUCUUUAGUGUUCUAAUUUACAUAGCGAGAUAUUAUUGUUUUAGCAAUGCUACUGCAUUAUUCUGAUUUUAUCUUAGUUCUAUAACCCAACUGGGUGAGUCUUUCAUCUUACAAUUCACAAACAAGCUCAUCAAAUGAGUUUGCAACCUGGUGUAUUUUGAACUUUUGACUCAUAUCCUAUGUGGUCUAUGAUAAAUGUUAUUUGUUUUUCUAUGUUAUUGUUUAUGUAGAAGGUACCUUUAUCCAAGUCCAUGAGGUUGAGACCAAUUCAAUCCAAACAGAUUGGUAGUGAUUCUUAGUAACUUUGUGAUCCAAUUAUGUCACACAUCGUCCCUACUGCCAAUUGCAAAACAAACAGUUUUACCUCUUUUGAUGAACAAUUAUCCAUAAUAGAGGCAGCCUAGUUUUUAAAUUGUUCAUUUUUGACUUGUCUCCCCCAUUCUCU